AUGCUGAUGAUUAAUCUCAUCCGCUCCUGUUUUCAGAAGAAUAAAGAAAAGAAAGCAAAGAUCUUCAAAAGAGCCGAGAAAUACGUGGCUGAGUACCGCCAAGCUCAAAGGGAUCAGCUCCGUCUGAAGCGUGAGGCUGAGAAGAACGGCGAUUUCUACGUUCCUGAUGAGCCAAAGCUUGCAUUCGUAGUUCGAAUUCGUGGUAUCAACCAGAUUCAUCCUCGCCCACGCAAGGCUCUUCAAAUCCUUCGCCUGCGACAGAUCAAUAAUGGAGUGUUUGUAAAGUUGAACAAAGCUACACUGCCACUUCUUCGUAUUGUCGAACCAUACGUCGCAUGGGGAUACCCCAAUCUGAAGACUGUACAUGAUUUGAUAUACAAACGUGGAUUUGCCAAGGUUGACAAGCGACGAGUCCCUAUCACUGAUAACAGCAUCAUCGAGGAGGCUCUCGGCAAGCACGACAUUAUCUGUAUGGAGGAUCUGGUUCACGAAAUCUACAACGUUGGGCCUAACUUCAAGGCGGCAUCCAACUUCUUGUGGCCAUUCAAGCUCAACAACCCCACUGGUGGAUGGACGAAAAAGACGAAUCAUUUCGUCGAGGGAGGUGACUUCGGUAACCGUGAAGACCAGAUCAACAAGUUACUGCGGAAAAUGAUCUAA